AUGUGGCGAUUGGGCAUACUGUCGGGCUUGGUACUGGCGAGUUUUGUCGCUGGUCAACUGAACGUAUCCAGCAGCAGAUCUGACUGCGUCUGCAUUUGUAUUGACGAGAGCCCAAAAGGUGACAGGUGCAAGCACACCGACACUGGAGAAGCACUUUACCUCACGCCCCUCCUGGAGGCUGGCCAGGUCGAUUCUGCGAGGAGCCAAGCCGAAGUGGAUGCUCGAUUGAUGUGCAACGUCAAAAGUUACGCUGGCUACUUCACUGUCGAUAAGUUGUUCAAUUCGAACUUGUUCUUCUGGUAUUUCCCGGCUAAGCACAAUUCGGUGAGUGCUCCCGUCGUGUUGUACCUCGAGGGUGGACCAGGCGUGACCUCUUUCUUCAGUUUGUUUUUCCAAAACGGUCCAUUUUCCAUGGGAUCUGAGAAGGGCUGUCUGGAGUUGCGGUCCGAGUCCUGGACGAACAAGCACAACGUGAUUUACAUCGACAGCCCGGUCGGGACCGGUUACAGUUUCACGGAUUGGAGCGGAGCUUUGUCAACGGAGGCGGUCGAGGUCGGGGACAAGCUGCGAGACGCGAUGGUCCAGUUUUUCGAGCUGUUUCCUGCGCUCCGUUCCAACGAUUUUUUCGUCGCCGGUGAGUCCUACGCCGGUAAAUUCGUGCCACCGACUGCCUACGCGAUCACUUCGUACAACAAGAUUGCGAAGGAGGAGAAAAGGAUUAAUUUGAAGGGAAUAGCGAUCGCGAACGGUUACACGGACCCGCUGAACCAGCUCGUCUACGGGGACUACCUCUACGAGAUGGGCCUCAUCGACGCAAACGGCAGGGAGCAGUUCCUGGUGCUCGAGAAGGAAGGCAGGGACUUGAUCCUCGAGAAGCAACACUCCGCAGCUCACGGGGUCUUCGAAAAACUGAUCGCAGACAAGGACUCCCUCUUCAAGAAUUUGACCGGGUAUAGCAGCACGCUCAACAUCCUGGAGAUCAACGACCCGGUGGAGCUCGAAGCCGCUUUCGACUGGGUCAAGCAUCCCAACGUUCGUCGGGCCCUCCAUGUCGGCAACAACGAAUUUACACCAAAUUCCGCAAAAGUUUAUGAUCGCCUGAGAGACGAUGCGACCCAGUCCCAGGCACACUACGUCUCAGCUCUCCUCGAGCACUACAGCGUCCUCAUCUACACCGGCCACCUCAACAUAAUCUGUCCUUACCCCGCCGUCCAAAAUUACCUCCAACAAUUGACAUGGUCCGGAGCCGAGGAAUUCAAAACCUCCAAAAGAGAAUUCUGGCGCGUCGCUGGCGGCGAACUCGCCGGUUACAUGAGAAAGGCCGGCAAUCUUCGCGAAGUCCUCGUCCUGAAUGCUGGACACUUGUCCUCCCGCGAUCAGCCCCGAUGGACUCUUGAACUCCUGGAAAAAUUCACGCACGGAUCCCUUUAG